GAGGCUCGACCAAUCGACCCCACCAUUUCCGCGUCUCUCCGCUUUUUUUUCUCCCAAAAACCUAGGGCUUGCGAAUCCCAAAUUGAGGGGGGUGAGAGAGAGAGGAAUCGGGGGAGGAGGAAGAAGACGAAGAGGAGAUUGUCGCCAUGUCGCCCGGAGCUUCCGAUGGAUCCAGCGUUGUCGUUCCACGGAACUUUAGACUGCUAGAAGAACUCGAACGAGGAGAAAAGGGGAUUGGAGAUGGUACCGUGAGUUAUGGGAUGGAGGAUGGAGAUGACAUCCUGAUGCGCUCAUGGACGGGCACUAUAAUCGGCCCUCAUCAUUCCGCUCAUGAGGGUCGGAUCUAUCAGCUCAGGUUAUUCUGCGACAUGGAUUAUCCUGAGAAGCCUCCCAGUGUCUGGUUCCGCUCGAGAAUAAACAUGACGUGUAUCAAUCCUCAUUCAGGAGCGGUUGAACCGAAGAAAUUUGGCAUUUUGGCGAAUUGGCAACGCAGGUUUACAAUGGAAGAUAUCCUAGUAGAGCUGAAGAGGGAAAUGGCUGCCCCGCAUAACCGCAAGCUACCCCAACCCCCUGAAGGUACAUUCUUUUAGAAGAUCAUCGGGUAUUAAUAGUGUAUCUUGAUGGAUUUCCCACUAGUAUUGCUCAGUCAAAGACACUUUAUGUCACAAUUCAGAACGGGGAAGUAGUAAUAUUUUUUCAUAAUUGCUGGUGAAAUUUGUGUCAUUUGUUGCAAGAAUGCGAUUAUGCAAGGACUAAUUACUGUCUCUGAUAUUUAUUUUGUAUGAAUGAUUUUCGACCAAGUCUUUUGACUAGUGCUGUUUUCUUCUCCUCCCCUUUGUAAUCCAUACUUUAUUCUUGUUCACUUUCUCUUGCUUACAUA